AAAAUUAAGUACUGAUAAAAUUUCAGGGUGCUCUUGUAGACGCAUUUGACUUUGGUAAAUGGAAAAUUUGUAAUUUCAGAAUAGGUUUCAGUAAUAUAAAGCUAGUCUUUUCAAUUUAGCCAUGAGUCAGAAGUUGGUUGUGAUCGCGGAAGAUGGGAGGCGUGUUCAGUUUAAAAAUGCACGGGUCGAAGAUGCUUUAUCAAUCGCAGGGUUCGGUAAAUAUAAUAUCUUCUUGCUGCUACUGUGUAGUUGGAUACUGCAAGCCAUGGGUAUGGAUCUGUUCGGGUCCACCUUCGUGAUCGCCGCUGCGGUCUGCGAUCUUGAGAUCAACAUGCAACAGCGAGCGUUGCUCACUGCCAUGCCUUUAGUAGGUGUUGUGGUUGGUGCGCAGCUGUGGGGUUACAUCUCGGACACGAAGGGCCGCCGGCUGACGCUCAUGCUAUCCAUGUCCAUGGGUUUCGUCUUCGGAGCCGCUAGCAGCUUCGCCGCGGACUGGAGGCUCAUGGCCGUGCUUAAACUGUUCUCUUCAACUUUUACAUCAGCCAGUAAUUCGGCCGCGUAUGCACUGCUCGGAGAGUGCUGUCCUCUUCGUGUGCGAGGUCGAGCCAUGUUACUGGGCACCGUGGCCCUCAUGUGUGCCCAGGGAACUGUCGCAGGGUUCGCUUAUCCUAUUCUCCCAUUGGAUUUCUCCUACUGGAUAGACUUUCUCGGCAUCAACUAUCGGCCGUGGAGACUCCUAGGCCUCGUGAUGGCCAUGCCCUGCGCCAUCACCGCGUGUCUCCUGAACUUGGUCUAUGAGAGCCCGAAGUUUCUGGCAGCUCAGGGAAGGUUCGACGAAGCCUUGGCUGUUUUGAAAAACAUCUAUUCCAUCAAUGAAGGGAAGGACGCUGAUGACUUUCCCGUGAACAUGCUAAUAUCAGAUAAAGAAUACCAAGCUACCAAAGGAGAUGAAUCGCUCUUUAGAUCCCUGUGGAACCAAACAUUUCCCCUAUUCAGACCACCGCUACUCAAGAGGACCCUACAUCUCUUCUCUCUAGUCAUCAUUAUCUAUGUAACUGGCAGCGGCUUCAUCCUUUGGCUGCCUUACAUCAUGAACAGCUUGUUCACGCUGGAGGCCGGUGAAGGCAGCGGCAUGAACAUCUGUAAUGUUAUAGCGUACUCUGCUGACCACCAGGAGAUUAAUGUCAAUGGAACUAUAACAGUCUGCAACGACACGAUCCAGCCUUUGACCCUGAUCUCAGCCAUUUGUUACGGAGCUCUAGCCAGCUCCUGCACCUUGGUUAUGUCUCUCACCUGCGGCAGUAGAAAGCGUAUCGGCAUCAUGUUUAUAUUGACGAUAUCCGCGUGCUCGGCUGUCUUGAUGAACAUAGUUCACGUGCCGAUGGCUGGUGGCGUCUUCUUCUGCUUCUUUUUAAUCUCAGCUGUCACUAUGGGCAUACUGAGUGUGUAUUUUGUGGAGGUGUACCCUACAUCUUUGACUGGCAUGGUGUCAUGCUUGGCAGUUAUGGUGGGGCGGACGUCUGCCUUCUUUGGCGCCAAUGCUAUUGGAGCUCUCAUCUCCUACGACUGUGAGACCACCUUCUACGGGUGGGCUGCUCUGCUCAUGUGUGCAGUGGUAAUCGCGUGGUUCCUGCCAAAAGACAAAAAGACCGAGAAAUGAAGAUAUUAGUCCUAAUUCUAAGUAUACCUAAUACCUAACUAAAUAUAGCUCCUAAACCUAUAGGUAUAAGACUGAAUAGGGAUUUUACAUAGAUCGACAAUGUUCCUGCUAGUUUAGAACUAAUUUAUGAUCAAGUACUGAAUUAUAACUGAACCACAAAAUAAUUGGAUUGAAAAAAUAUAAAAGCAAAAAUCUUACUAGUUAAGUUUGGAUGCAUAAUUUGUGGAAGUAAAAAUUUAUGAAGUAAGAAGAGUUUGACCGAUUUUGAAAGUCUGAUAUCAGGAUCUUGGGCUUGAUAUUUAUUUAUUUAUUUUCUUUUUGGAAAACUAACAAACUAAUUACAUAAGUAGAACAAAAUAAAUUGACACUAAUUAAAUUGAACAAUUAUAAGUUUUCACUGACAUAUAGUUACAUUGACACGAAGAUAUCAUCGAUAAAUAACAGCAUGUAAUUAUAUUUAUAUUGUACACUGAUGAUGAAGCGAUGUACUUAAUAUAUCUAUAUUUAUAUCUUAAUAUAAUAUAUUUAGGGUCCGGUACAAGUUUGUUUCUGUUCAAUUAUUGUUAAAAUUAAACUAUCAUUGAAUUGGAGCCUACUUAAUGAGUUGUUUGCAAUAAAAGAGAAUAAAACGCGAAUGAAAUUUUGAAUUUUGAAAACUUGUGAAAUUUGUGUUGAAACAUUGUGAUUCUGCUUUCUACUGAUUUAUUAUUUAAACAUAGACACUUAGUUAAUGUAACUACCUAAGUACAUGCUUUAUUUUAAUAAAUA